GAUCCUAUAACACAAUCGUGUCUGCCUCAUCAGCGACGAGACAUGCGUCCUCCAGUGCUGUCUCUCUUGUCUUGCAUCGGCCUUGCGCUCGCCCAGCAAUAUCCCGUGACCACGCCAGUGCCCAUUUUAAAGCAGAUAAAUAAACACAAUGAAGACGGUAGCUACAGUUACGGAUACGAGGCUGCUGAUGGCUCUUACAAGAUCGAGUCUAAAUAUCCAACUGGAGAAGUGUACGGAAAGUACGGGUUCGUGGACGACACUGGAAAUAUUCGAGAAGUGGAAUAUGGAGCUUCGAGGCGAGGAUUCGAGCCCCAAGGUCCCGGUAUAAACGUUCCACCACCGACCCUGACUGGUAACAGUAUCGCGAAUCCUAACCAACCCGAGGACGACGGCCAAUACAGAGAAGAUCCGUCCGUUUACUACACGGAUCCACGUUUCACGAAUGGAGAACGAUACGAACCUCGUCGACCUUUGGUCAACAACCAACCGCGACCGAUUCCUGCACCGAUCUACAAUCCACCAAGGUAUCCCACGCAAGUGCAGUACCAGCCGAAGGCGCAGUAUCAACCGCAGUAUCAACCGCAGUACAGGUCGCAGUAUCAACCGCAAUAUCAGGAGCAGCAACAGCGAGCCGCGUAUCCCGCAGCGCCGGUCCAAAGCGGAAUUCAAGGUCGUCCAGCGCCCAACGUAGAUCCGAACGCCGGGUUAGCCUCUUACACGGUUAAUUAUAGACGAUAGGGAUCGAUCGUGUUAACCUCAUGUGUAAAUAUUGCUGUUAUUUAUACCGAUUUCCGGAAGGACGGUAGUUGCACGGAUCGAGAGUUUAGGGCCAGUUUUGUCUUCUUCGAAUAUUCGAAUCUCUGAUUUCAUCUACAUCUACAUUGCGCGCGUAAAGUUCGAUGUUUCUCGAAUUCGAAUAUUGUAGGCCUUGUUCUUCUGUUUUUUAUUAUUAUUAUAACGAGUAAAUUGUUAUUUUUGAUGUUUUUUCGAUUUUGAGGGCGUUGUUGAAACGUUUGAACAUUCUUUGAGCGUUCAAGUCGAGCAAAGAUAUUUUUAUGACGAUAAAUUAUAAUGUUGCAAGCCCUGCUUUUUCCGUUUUUAUUAUUAUUAUAACGAGUAAAUUGUUAUUUUUCGUUGUUUGAUUUUGAGGGCGUUAGAAUAUAUCAUUUGAGCGAGCAAAG